AUGAAAUCGUCGACGGGAUGGCUAGAGCUCUCAAAGCUUGCAAGUAGUCAGAAAAUUGGAUUGCACAGCAAUGGAACUUUAUUGACUUCAUUUGACCUUUACUUUCUUCUACUUGAUGAUUCGAACGAAACACCGCAGCGAAUGUUCUUCACUGUCAUUACAUUAAGUGAUAAGGGGAUUGAUCUUGGUGAAUGUCAUGCAAAAAUGGAACUUGAGACUGCUUCUGGAACAAUUUCCAAUCAAUAUGUUUCUAGCUCACAGUAG